AUGUCAGGAUCAGAAGAAAUCAAAGAGAUAAACCAAUCCGGUAAACUCAUCGCUACAUACAUUCGCUCUCACACUACUGAUACUUCUGGCACGAAAUCUGACCGGAUCGAUGUCGAUAUACCAAAAGGUCCAUCGACAUGGGUUAUGAGCUUGGUAGGGGCAUUCAUGCCGGUGGGAUAUCCGGAUAGUGUGACGGAGGAUUAUACUGCGUAUCAAUUUUAUGAUUCUAUUCAGGCUUUUGCUAGUACGAUUGCGGGGUUGUUGGCUAGUAGGGCUGUGCUUCAAGGUCUCGGCGUAGGCGACUCCACCGCCUCAGCAACCCACGCCGUUCUCCUCUCCAUCCUCCAAGAAUCCGCAGGCCGUAUCUCCACCAUCCUCUUCGCGCACCGACUCGGCAGCGCUCUCGAGCCCGAGUGCAAAAAAUAUCGUCUCAUGGCUGAUAUCUUCAACGAUGCUGCUAUGAUUCUAGAUUGCAUCUCACCCGCUUUUCCCAAAAUCCCCCGCGUGUUUUUACUCAGUGCGAGCAGUGUGUGUAAAUCACUCUGUGGGGUUGCGGCGGGAAGUAGCAAGGCAAGUUUGAGUGCGCAUUUUGCGAAGAUGGGAAAUUUGGCAGAGUUGAAUGCGAAAGAUGCAAGUCAGGAAACUCUCAUAUCCCUCCUGGGUAUGCUCGUUGGAACAUUUGUCGUUUCCAGGAUUUCCUCUCAGGUAGCCACGUGGAUUGCAUUGCUCACUCUCCUCUCCAUUCAUCUCGGUACGAACUAUAUGGCCGUCCGAUCCGUCACCAUGCGUACCCUCAACAGACAACGAGCCAAUCUCGUCAUCUCAUCUUUCCUCUCACACACAGGACACGAGAAGAACACAACUGGCCUCCCUUCCCCUCGAGAAAUAUCACUCCAAGAACGCAUUUUCGAGCGCGACGGCGCAAUCCGCAACAUCCAAGGCGCAAUCCUCGCUUACUGCAAAGUCGGCACGAGUCUCCAAGAACUACUCUCUUCAAUCUCCACACCCACAGCUGCAGGAAAUUAUGCACAAAAUGAUCCAAUCCUCACAUCUCUCCUAUCCAUCUACAAAUCUCAGGGUUACAUAAUGUGGUAUUCCCCUUCUCGCCAUACAUUCCUCGUUCUUCUGAAAGAAGGAACAUUACCGCAAGUUCAAUUAGACGCGUGGUUCCACGCUAUUUUCGCCGUCACUUUUAGGGAGGAGGAGAAGAAGAAGAAGAAGAAGAUCCGGGAUUCUGAGAAUGAGAGGAUGGAUAAUCAACAUAUUCUAAAUUGGAUGAAGCAAUCGCUAGAGGAAUCGGAGAAGUGGAGAGCGGAAAUGAAGUUUUACGAGCGCUUGGAGAGGAUAGGGUGGGAUUUGAAUACCCCGGCCAUUGAGGUGACAGCGGGAACGAGAUUGGUUGUUGGGGGUGGAGAGGAGAGGGGAGUGUAG